GCGAAGAGUGGUGCAGUGCGAGCGCAGCGGGGGACUCGGGAGCCGAGAGAAAACACACACAUACAAGCACGCACGCAAAAAACACACACACACACACACACACACAGACACACACAUCAGCGGCCUGAACUCUAUGGAGGGAUCUGCAGCGACACCGUAGCGACGCAGCGGGCCGUCAUGGAGGAGUAUCUGCGGAGGGUCCACAGCAGACUGGGGGCAGGUGCAUCAGAGGCUCCCGUCCAUGCUGUCUUAGGUGGGCCGAGGCCAGAUGUUGACACUGUGGCCGCAACACUGUGCUUAGCCCUGCACCUCAGCCAGAAGGAAGCGUCAGGCGGACUGUGUCUGCCUGUGUUGUGCGGCCGGCGGUGUAAUGCCGUGCUGCCCGAGGACACAGUGAAGUAUCUGCAGAGGGUGAACAUUUGUGAGAGUUUGCUACUGUGGAGAGACGAUGUGGACCUGGUGACGCUUCAUUACACCGGAAAACUCUCACUCACUCUGCUGAGGGAUGGCCUUCUAGAUAGCUCUGAGUACCUCGCUCUGGAGUCAGACGUCCUGCGUGUGGUCCUGCGCGACGGGCAGCAGGACUCAGGGGAUGAUGGGGCAUCGUUCGCGGUGACAACGGUCGCCAGGGAGAUUCGUCAAGAGGCAGCGGAGCACAUCGGAGCAGCGCUGGGGAAGACUCUUGGAGAGGCGCUGCGGCUGCAAAAUGAAGCUCUGCAGAUCAAACAUGGCCGUCACUCACCACAGCUGGAGGAGCUCUGGAGAUCCUUGGAGCAGCCGAGUGAAGUCACCGCAGCUCAGUCGGACUUGGAGCAGCUGUUGACUACAGAGCUGAAGGAGUUUUCUGAUGGAGAGAUGACCGUAGCACUGACUUCACUCACUACAGAUCAGGAGCACUGGCAUAGUUAUGUGGCUGGGCUGAAAUCCUUCAGUCAGCGCCUUGGCCUCGACAGUCUGGUGGUUCUCCUGUCCAGCAAUGAUACAGUUCAUCAUCUCUGCCAGCAGGUGGCUGUCUACUCAAACGACACAGAUAUCCUAAGCCAGGUAAUUCAGCCUUGAGUUAACAGUGACACACAAGACAAGCUUUGGAAGAGCCAGUUCUUUUUCAGUGUUGUGGUUACUGGUAUUUUAUUAAAGAAAUGUCUCUUUUCAAUGGUUUAUUUUUAGAUUUUCUUUUUUAAAUCCUAACUGAAUAUAUUCCAUACAUUUUUUUGCUAAUUUUUAAUGUCAAAAAGUGUAUGAGAAUGUUAUCCCAGGUUGUAUGCACUGGGGGACCCCCUUCAAGUGGCCAGCUGUUGUUUAUCUUACUGGAUAUUGACAACCAUCAUGGCAAGAAGGCAGGUUUUGAUGAGGUGCUGGAAAAAUGGGGGAAAUAUGCUAUUUCUCUACGUUCAGAUUACGGGUAAGGACACAUGUUGAUGGUUACUAGCACA